CCUACGAGCCUACAACACAACCUCCACUACUCCCAGUACCACUCUCCCAUGGUUGACAGGAAGGCGUUCCUCCAAAGGCAGAUAUGUUCUGGAAUUUGAGGAAAAGGGAAAGCUUUUCUCUAUACUAGAUUUUCUGGGAAAUGAUGUCACGCCAUACAUCCGAGCUCGAAUCUGGAACAGCGGACUCCGUCGCAUUCUCACCUCGUUCAGACCACUCUCUUCACACGUUGCAUGAUCGUCAGAACGCACACGUACGGUUCAUGUGCAGUUUCGGCGGCAAGAUCUUACCCCGGCCCCACGACAAUCAACUUCGUUACGUCGGCGGCGAUACACGCAUUGUUGCCGUCCAGCGUUUCACCAACUUUUCGACCCUUCUAACAAAGCUCUCCAAGCUCUCAGGUACGACCGACAUGAAUAUCAAGUACCAGCUUCCCAACGAAGAUCUUGAUGCUUUGAUCUCAGUGACGAGCGAUGAAGACGUGGAGAACAUGAUGGAAGAGUACUACGACCGCUUGACGCACAAUCAGAACCACCCGAGGUUGGCCCGACUGAGGCUCUUUCUCUUUCCCAACGGUGACCAACUCUCCCGAACUAGCAGUAUCAGCUCGCUUCUCAGCGGCUCAACCAACCGUGAUCACUGGUUCCUUGACGCUAUCAAUGGAAGCUCUUCUCUCAGCUCGGGUCUCCAGCGUAACCAAUCCGAGGUCUCUUCGAUUGUCUCCGAGAUACCAGAUUACCUGUUUGGUUUGGAUAAUUCGGAUCAAGAGACUCAAACGAAAUUAAAGAGCAUUCGACACACACUUGCCGAGAACACAUCCAGUUUAGAUAUGGGUUCUCUUACUCCGGCUACUGCUUCCACCUUUUGUUCAUCAUCAUCGGCUCCCAGUGUGCCGCAGGUGCCAAACCUUCCUCCCGUCAAGACCAGACCCAAUCUCCGGGAUCGAUAUGAGGAAGGAGAGGAGCUCAAGUAUCAACAAGAGGGAUUUACAGAGACAAGUGAACCGCCCAUAUCGCAACCGACUGUGUACUCGGCCAGCACCGAGAUGCCGCACUACUUUCUGGACUCUCGUUAUCCUGGUCAUGCUGCAGAGGCAGUGCCAUCAGUCUACUAUGUUCCUGGGCAGAUCCCACCCGGGAAUGUUUCAGUUCAACCCAUUUCUAUUCGGGCCCCUUAUGUUCAUCAGUACUUGACAGUGCCGGGUCAAGUACCGCUUAACUACCAUCAUCGGGUAUCCGAUGUCGGUCAGGUGUAUGGCAGCGGGAUGAGGCCAGUGGCAGCGGCAUUUGAACCGUACGAUGUUCAGGCAAGAGUGGUUCCUGAUGGAGUGAAUCGGCAGGUGUUCUACGGGGUUAAAAACCCGGGUAUGGUUCCAUUUUAUCCAAACAUGGUGGUUCCGGGUGGGGAAGCUUCGCAAGGCAAUAUCGUUUCAGAGGCAAAGACGGGUGGGGCCUCCCAGUAGUCUUUGAUCGUAGUAGUACUACGUUGAGCCUCAUGUAGCCAAUGUAAGUAACUUUAUUUGCUUAAUCGUCCUCGCAUAGUGCUUGCAUGAAAAGGGGUGUAAAAUUGAGGGUUAAUCUAUCUAUUUGCUUGAUCAAAUUUGAUGGUCUAAUUAAUAUAGAUAGAUAAGAUAUUAAAUUUGAAAAUCUUGUGCGGUCAGCAUGCAAUAUUCAAUAUUAAUGGUAGACCAACGGAUCUAUCUGUCCUUCAUAAUUGAAUCAUCAAAUUUGAUCAAACAAGUAGAAAAUAUCUCAAAAAAUGUUUAAUAUGUUGAUUGGGUCAAUGGAUUGUAAUUACUACUUGUACAAAUAUUCUAUUAUUUUGUGUCAUAUAUUCAAUAAUUAUAGUCUAGUUUUUGUUC